UUAUAUGAAAACAAAAUAUUUUAUUCAAAACAACUAUUUGAUUGAUUAUUAAUUGAUCUACUUUAUCUCAAACAUCAUUCCGAAAGUUUGGAAACUUUUAACAUUGUCCAGAUGUCUUUUGGAGUCAGUUUAUUUUUUCGCUACCCAUGACGGGGACCAGAGGUGAAAAUGUGACCGAAAACAAAAGUUGUAGAAAUAAUUAAACCGAAUUAGUUUUUGCACUUAAAACAAAUAUAAUAUUUAUAUUCAGUCAAGCGAGAAUUAAUCUGUUUGAAACUAUGGAAUAUCAGCCACAAAUGACAGAAAUCCGGUUUCAAGAGUAGCAUUGGAGAGAAAACGCUUCAUAUUACAACCAGUUUCAAUUUGACAACAGUUUUAUUAGAAAGAGCACAUUCAGUUACGUAUCCGCUAAGAAAAUCUUUCUGAUAAACCUCGAAAAGCUACGCUUAAUCAGAGUAAAUAAGCAUUAUUUGUAUAUGUACGAUCCGAUAGGGGUGAUAUUUGUCAUUUAUCGAUAGAAAAAAGAUUUGAAUAUCUAAAGCGUUCUUAUAUAUUAUCAGAGAGAAACAUUCUACAUCGAACGAGCCUACUUUCAAACAGUAUAAAUCAAGUAUUCAUGGACCUUUGGGCCAAUAGCUGUUUUUAAGUCUUCCCGAGAGUGCUUCAGAUCUUUCUUAGUAUCCAAUAAAUUUUAAAAUCUAGGAUGAUAUUUGUGAUCAGGAAACUUAACUUUAUCGAAAUAUAAGUACUUGCACUAAAAUCUGAAAAAAACGUUUUUUCGAUCCUUGACGGGUACUCGAGAUAUUAAAGGGUGUGGGUGUGAUACUUCUGCUCAUCUACACUACUCCCACACCUUUUUUUGGAAUUCUUUGAUUUCCAUUUAUUCCAUCAUUUCCUUCCAGAGCCUCUUUGCCUGAUAUAUCACUCUUUCAUAUUGAGCAACUUGUACGACUUCCAUCUUUUUUACUCGUUAAUACUAUGCUGAAUGUAAAAGAAAGAAGCUAAGAGUACAUUUAUAUAUGUUGUACUUAUAUCAGCUCUACGAUAUAUAGAGACCAAAAGAACAAACAUGAAAAAAAAGUAAAUCACGUUAUAACACAUUUCAAUUUUUAUACUGAUCCUUUAAUCUAACCUACUGAUUUUUAAAUAAUAUAUCAAUAAAUCGAAGUAUAUUAAUAACUGACCACAUAAAUAAUGUACUGAUCAUUCAUUUAUUCUACUGAUCGCUUAAAUGAUAGUCAAAAAAUAAAAUGAAAAAAAAGAUCUAACAAUUCCUAAUGGCGAGUUGAACAAAAUAUAAUGAAUGUUUAACAUUAUACCUACUGAUUUAUAUACUAAGACAGGACAAUGACUAUUUGGCGGUCUUCGUUUCGGCAAUCUUGGAGGAAAUAGAAUGAAUUUUUUUCGUUUUUAAAAAUUCUCAAUCGAUUUUCUAUGAAAUCAGAACUGAUAUUUAAAUGAUCUGCAAUCUAUUGUAGAUUUUCCACUUUAUAGAAAAUGAUUUCUUUUGAAAUUCAAUGAGUAAAUUAUCAAACUUUAAAAAUUCUUCAGUUUAUUUGAGAUCGAUUUUCCAAUUUAUAGAAUUUCAACAAAAAACAAUUAGUGUAUAUUAUGUGUCUACGGAUACAAAAUUGACAAGUUCAUUUAACAAAUAAUUUAAAUAUUUUCACAAAGGUUCAUAACACAAUAUUUAUUCUUCAUUUUGAUCGCUUAAUAUUAGAUACGUUCUAAUUUGCAAACAUCAGUCUUAUAUAAUUUUCACAAAAGAAAGAAAAAAUAAAUAGAGUUUAUCACUUGAAACUCCGAUUGAAUGACUUUUUAAUGUCUGCUUGGGUUAACUAGAUUUAAUUAUUUAAGUUUGAUUUUCUACAAAAUUAUAGAAUUUAAAUACGCUUGAGAGAGAGAGAGAGAGAGAGAGAGAACGAUCUAUUCAAAGAAUUUUGCUCGAUACUUUAAAAUUAUUUCAUAUACUAGCUAUAUUCGAGAGAGAGAAAGAGAGAGAUCUCCUUUUAUUGUUACGUUUUCUCUUCUAGUUAAUAUUCCUGCUAAUGCUAAAUGGAAGCAAAACGGUGUGACUAUUGCUGGAGGCCACGGGCAAGGAGGUGCUACUAAUCAAAUCAACGAGCCUUAUGGUCUCUUCGUUGAUGAUGAUCAAACAGUGAUCAUAGCUGACACGUCGAAUCAUCGUAUCAUGCAAUGGAAGAACGGUAAUACAACGAAUGGACAAGUUGUUGCUGGUGGCAAAGGCAAAGGAAAUGGAUUGCAUCAAUUGGCUUUUCCAACUGAUGUAUUAAUUGACAAAGAGACGGAUAGUCUCAUUAUUUGUGAUUAUGGGAAUCGACGAGUUGUACGGUGGUCUCGUAGUAGUGGUACAACACAAGGUGAAAUACUCAUCGACUACAUCUGGUGUUGGGGAUUAACAAUGGAUGAGCAGAGAUAUCUUUACAUCUCUGACGAAGAAAAACAUGAAGUAGGACGAUAUCAAUUGGGUGAGAACAAUAGUACUCUCGUAGCUGGUGAUAAUCGUAAAGGUAAUGGACUCAAUCAACUCAACUACCCGACAUAUCUCUUUGUCGAUCGAGAUCAUUCAGUGUACGUAUCAGACGAACGAAAUCAUCGUGUAAUGAAAUGGGUUGAAGGUGCAGAAGAAGGUAUUGUGGUCGCUGGAGGACAAGGCGAAGGAAAUGCUCUGACACAAUUGUAUUAUCCUCAAGGAAUCUUCGUUGAUACGUUGGGUACACUCUAUGUAGCAGACGAGGGGAAUAAUCGUGUAAUGCGUUGGACUCUAGGAGACAAGAAACAAGGCACUGUAAUUGUGGGUGGGAACGGUCCAGGAAAAGGAGUAAAUCAGUUCAAAGUCCCCAUUGGUUUGUCUUUCGAUCGAUAUGGUAAUCUCUAUGUCGUCGAUCAAAAUAAUCAUCGUGUUCAACGAUUUUCUAUCGAAUAA